AUGAUAAGUCAUCCCUUGCCAAUAAAAUGGAAUCCAAAAAGCCCCACCGAUAUUUCGAUGAUAUUCAAUAGAGUUACUUAUCGAAAAGGGGCAGCCAUUCUUUAUAUGCUCGAAAAUAUUUUGUCUGAAAAAGUUUUUCAAGAUGGAGUAAGGAAAUAUUUGAAAAGGAAUCAAUUCAGUGGGGUGACAACCAACGAUUUAUUGCAUGCUUUGCAAGAGUCUUAUGAUGAGAAGAGAUUGUUUGCAACGUUGAACAUUCAGGAAUUAAUGGAUCCUUGGCUAAAACAAACAGGCUAUCCAAUUAUAAAUGUAACCAGAAAUUAUGAAACUGGAGAUAUAAACAUUACGCAAUACAAUGCAAUGAAAACUAAUCCAGAUAAUUUAUGGAUGAUCCCGCUGACUUUUACAGAUAGUUCAAAACUCAACUUCGAUAACACACAACCUACACAUUGGUUAAGACCAAUCAGUGAAAGCUAUACUCUUCACAAUACCAAUAUAGAUGACUGGGUGAUUUUUAAUAUUAAGCAAAGCGGCUUCUAUCGAGUCCAUUAUGAUUUAAAAAACUGGAAACGCAUUGCUGAUUACCUACGCACUGAUAACUUUUACAAAAUCGAUCCAAUUAAUCGCGCACAAUUGAUUUACGAUCUUCACUAUUUUGCGACUAUCGAUGAUCAGUAUUACGAAGUACUUAUUGACGUUAUGUCAUAUAUGUAUAGAGAAACUCACUUUCUUCCUUGGAUACCAACAAUGAAAAUAAUAGAGCUAUUUGAUAAUCUGUUGAUCAAUACUCCAGCUUAUGAUCUGUUUGAAAAGUUUAUGUUGCAUCUUUUGAAUAACAUAGUUGAACAUGUCGGCUUCGAGUAUGAUGAAGGUGAAAAUCAUUUAGUUCAAUUAGCUCGAUAUCAUUUGCUUCCGUGGGCAUGUGCGUUUGGUCAAGAAGAAUGCAGAGAAUUCGCUUCGGAAAAAAUUGCAACUCACCUUCAGAAUCCAUAUGACAAUAUAAUAACUCCGAGUGAAGAGAGCUGGAUUUAUUGCAACGGGUUGAGAGUUUCCAAUGAAAGUACCUGGGAAAACUUAAUGAAUUCACAUCUUGCUAAUCCGUUGGUACAACCGGGAUUGCAGUAUCUUGGAUGCACAAAUAAUCGUAAAUUAAUGAAGAAGUACCUCAUUUUAGCGAUUGCGGAAAACUCAACACUUCUUGGAGAUCAAGUGUCUGACGCAUUUUUGUCAAUUAUGUCCGGAAAACGAGACAAUGUUGAUUUCGCUUUAGAUUUCUUCAUCAGUAACAUUGACCAAAUCAGGCAUCAGUAAUUAACAUUUAUAAAACUAAGACUAAAAUAACAUAAUUUAAGGUAAAAAUUAGAGCUUUACUCCAGCUGAGGCAAAACUAGAUAAGAACAUUGAUCUUGAAAUU